AUGUCAGAAAAUUUCCAAAGCACACCUUCUUUGGGGACAGAAAGCACUCUGCAGCCCUCUGUGCCUAUGCUGAACAACUCCACGCCCUCGGAAACAGUGUCCAACUACUCCAGUGUCUCCAUCCCAGCUGUGAGUUCAGCAUGGCUCCUGCCAUCAGCAUCCAGCACUUCACUCCAGCCACUCACGGGCAGUGCUUACCUUAACCCACAUUCUAGCACGACUAUGCUGACAGUGCUGACUGACCAGAGCCAGGUCUCCAACUCCACACUCUCCUGUCCAGGUAUUCUUGAGUGGGAUAUCACAGGAAGCACAGACAGGAGGGCAUCUGCACUCUAGGAAUUCAAUGACAUCAUUGACGAGGACACCACAGCAUCCUUUUUAUCUAUGUCAGUCCAGUGUGAUAAAAUUUUAGAUCCCAAUGCCAUGCCCUUUCUCUCCAACACUGUCAGCUUUGUCGAGGCCACACUCCCUGUGGUGCUAAAUCAAGGAUACAGCCUGGUACAUUCAUACCAGGAGGGUAGCCAGGUCUAUUACUUUGAGCACAACAGCCUGGGACCUCUGAUAGCUAGAGAACUCAGACAAUGCCUUCAGGCCUACAGCUGUGUGUAUUACUCUGAGAGUCAGGCUUCUGCUCCACCACCAGAGAUGGUGAUGGUGCUAAAGGAGAUUCAGCCAAAAAAUGUUCAAACACCUCUCUGCCUCUGUCACCAUGUAUCGCACAUUUGCUCAGGCAUGCUGGACAACAAUCUUCUUCUGGUGGAACUGGAUACAUCCCUGGGAUUGUCACCUUCAGGCCAAACACUCUGUCUGCUGCAGAGUCCAGAAUUCUACAUCACUUGCACCCAGGUUGCCCAGAGGAAGACACCAUCUGUUGAUGGCGACAGGCCAUUAGCAACACCUAUCCAUAGUCCUUCAGAAUUCCUGGCCUUGCCUCCAGCUCCAAGCUCAGAACAAACAGAGAUUAAAAACACGCAUGAGAUGGAAGUUGAACAUUUGAUGCCUCGGGAUGCCUAUGAGGGCACUAAAGAAAACCAAGACCCAUCACUCCUCCCUUUAGCAAACCCUGAUGUACAGCAGCCUCUCCACUGCACUGACACAGGGAGCCUAAGGCAGAAGUCUACUUCUGACACUGCCAGCUUGGGAGGCAUCUGCCUGGGUCUAGAAGAGAAGGGAACACUGGACAGUUUGGUAGUGCCCACCAUCGACUUUGCAGACAUCACUACACUGGUGGCAGAUAUUCACCUUCCCCAACUCUUCAACUUCCUCACAGGCCUAGAUCAAUUCCAAGACACCACAGCAACUGAAUCCAAAGACUCCACGGUCAUCUGGAAGGACCAGGCCCAAGAAAACUCCAGAGUCAUCAGUGGACCCUCUGACCAGGUGAGCAAGAAAGAUCAUGAAGCUUCUGAGAUGAUUGAUGGAGCUCCUCAGGCCAAAAUCCCAAACUGGGAUCUGGUGGAGGGAGAAGGAGCUGUGGCCAGUGCUGGGGCCAGUAAUAGGGCUAUUGACAACUUGGCAAAGGACACGGAGGGCAAAGCAUCCAAAGUGUCACCCGUCAGGCCCAGCCGAGCUAGGGGACAAGGGCAAGACAAGACCAAAUGGACCAGAGAAAAUAAUUCCAAGAAAACAGAGGAACUAAAGCAGUCAAGGAACAGAGUCAAAGCAGAAGAGAAGCCCACAGUCCCCAAGACCAAGAUGAAGAGGAAUCCACCUGAGCUCAGUCACAACAGCUUCAAGAAGCCUCGGACCCACCUUGGCAUGCACAUGCUGGAGUCCGUGCAGGUCUUCCACCCUCUGGGGAAGAAGAGUGAGAAGAAGCCUGGCAUCACUUCUUCCCGGGCUCUGGGAACUUUUAGCAGCAACAAAUAUCCUGGGCCAGGCCCAGCCACAACAGCAAUGCAAGAUAUGCCACCAGAGUGCCAGGGCCCUGACAAAACUCCAGGCAAGGCUCAGAGAGCAGGGAACAGUGCUCUAAAGGACUGUCCAUCUCAGUCCCAGUACGAGCUGCCCCCAGCUGGGAAGGUCAGGUUAGUGCCUCUGCCUUUCCCAACCCUGGACCAGCCUCAAGCCAGACCUGCUUCUAGAAAGCCCCUUACUCUGGCUUCACACAGGGCCACUACCGCUUACUCUGAGAGGUGUCAUUUUCACUCAGCUCAGCUUACCACACUCAGGCCAACCCAUGCACCUUCUGUCAGCAAAUCUUUGAUGGCUUCUGCCAAGCCAGCUCCACCAAUUUCUUCCAGCGCCACACGACCUAAUGUAGCCAACAUCAUUCAGAUUAGCACUGUCCCUCAGUCAGGCACCUUGAGGCCUACACCCUAUAGAGCAUCAUCUCAGACUUCCCUCCAGAGGGAGCUCCUUUCUGCUGCCAAGAACAAGGUGCCAUCACCUCCUGAACCUCAAACCCAAUAUCUGCUGCAAGACUUCAGCCGCCAACCAAUUCCAUGGAGAAAAGUUGACAUACUGGGACCAGUUGUCUCACAACCCAUCACAAAAGAGCAGAGGCCAGAGAGGGAGGCCAUGAAGAGGAGGGCUCAACAGGAGCGCGAGAAUGCUGCCAAGUACACCUCUCCUGGGAAACUGCAGCUUUUCCUUCAGAGGGAGAAAGAUAUGGAAAUUUCUCGAUACUAUGGCUAUGCAAUGUAA